UUCACGCAGAACAAUACCUCAAGGAAUUGAAUAUUUCAAAUUCAUCAUGAAUUCCAUAUUAUUCGUAACUGUCGCUGCUCUCGCCAUCCAUGAGAUAUGGGCGUGCAAACGUGUAUCGACGAGAAUACAUAAUACAGGAGUUGAGGAUUUAAACGUGACGAUUAAAGGCGAUAAGUGGGAUAUUAAUGUACAGUCAGAUUUUAAGGACCUGGGGAUGCAGGUUAGUUAUUACGAGAACCGAAGUUGGAACUCUGACAAAUACGAAGGGAGGUUGUGUGAUGAGGAUGAAAAUCUGGAGGUUUUCAAAAAACUUCUGUAUACUAGUCUUGGACUUGAUUCUUGCAACAUUUCUAAGGGAGACUAUCAGUCUAAGAAGGAGAAUGAGUUUUCCGAUGAUGUGUGCUCCAAGAUAUCAGAAUUAACUAAUGGGAAUGACAACGUAUUAUAUUUGACGGUUGUCCUGGACGGAAUAGCUAUGUUAGUAGUUCGUACGGAUAGCGCCUGAGCAUCUAUGAAUUGCUGUUAUUUUUCAGUUAAUUCAAUAUUUAUUGAUUUAAUUAUAUUAUAUUGUUAUGCUAUUUCUGUUGCUCUAUCGUAGAGCAUAUAAAUAUUAUCUUUGAGCUGAAAAUGGUUCCACCUUUUCGUAUACAUCAUAACACGGACGAAAAAAUUUAAUAGAAAAAGUCAAUAGA